UAAGAACUUAUUAUUCGUUAAUGAUCAGGUGAACAACCAAUAGAGUCCAGAGAUAAAAAAUAGUAUAUAUAAAUGGUACAAAUUUGUUCCUGGCCUGUGCUUUUGUAUGCUGCAUUGCUCCCGGCAUAUUUUAUGUCGUGUUUGACUAUCUGCCGUCAUGUAAUAGUAUAGUAAAUGGCGGAGUCAUUUGAUAAUUAACAUUAGCAAUGCUGCAGAUAUAUAAUUAUAAUAGCCAUUAUCUUGGAUCGGACGUGGAAGGGCAUAUGUACGAGUUUGAAAAAGAAGACCAGACGGAUCGCACGAGAUGUCAUGUGACUGAGAAUAAAGAUAAAAGCAGCAAAACACAAACCACAAAAGGCAGAGGGAGCGAGUCAUGCGUCGGUUUUCUCUCCCUUCCAAAUCUUUUAAGUUAUAUAUAUUCACAUACAAAACUAUUACCCCUCCCUCUUGUUCUAAUUCCUCACGUUUCGCACUCUCUGUCUUGAUCAAAAUCACUCGAGAUGGACACCUUCCUUUUCACCUCUGAAUCAGUAAACGAAGGCCACCCUGACAAGAUCUGCGAUCAGGUCUCAGAUGCCAUCCUAGAUGCUUGCCUGGAGCAAGACCCGGAGAGCAAAGUUGCAUGCGAGACCUGUACAAAAACUAACAUGGUAAUGGUGUUUGGUGAGAUUACAACCAAGGCUAAAGUGGAUUAUGAGAAAAUAGUUCGUGACACUUGCAGAGGCAUUGGAUUCGUAUCAGCUGAUGUUGGGCUUGACGCCGAUAGAUGCAAAGUUCUUGUCAACAUCGAGCAGCAGAGCCCUGAUAUAGCUCAAGGAGUUCAUGGUCACAUGACCAAAAAACCUGAGGAAAUUGGAGCUGGUGACCAAGGUCACAUGUUUGGCUACGCCACAGAUGAAACACCUGAGCUAAUGCCACUUACUCAUGUUCUUGCAACCAAACUGGGUGCCAAGCUCACAGAGGUCAGAAAGAACAAAACAUGCCCGUGGCUGAGGCCCGAUGGUAAAACCCAAGUGACUGUUGAGUACAGGAAUGAUAAUGGAGCCAUGGUUCCUAUCCGCGUGCACACUGUGCUCAUCUCAACUCAACAUGAUGAGAGUGUCACGAAUGAGAAGAUCGCUGCAGAUUUGAAAGAGCAUGUAAUCAAACCUGUGAUCCCGGCUGAAUAUCUUGACGACAAAACUAUCUUCCACCUCAACCCCUCUGGUCGAUUUGUGAUAGGUGGCCCUCACGGAGAUGCAGGACUCACCGGCAGGAAGAUUAUCAUUGAUACCUAUGGCGGGUGGGGUGCACAUGGUGGAGGUGCCUUCUCCGGCAAGGAUCCGACUAAGGUUGAUCGGAGUGGUGCAUACAUAGUUAGGCAGGCAGCGAAGAGUGUGGUGGCUUCUGGGCUUGCCCGACGCUGCAUAGUGCAGGUUUCUUAUGCAAUUGGAGUGCCAGAACCACUGUCUGUUUUUGUGGACACUUACAAAACUGGAAAGAUACCAGAUCAUGAUAUCUUGGCUCUGAUUAAGGAGAAUUUUGACUUUAGGCCAGGAAUGAUUUCCAUCAAUCUUGACCUCAAACGAGGAGGCAAAUUCAGGUUCCAGAAAACUGCUGCUUAUGGUCACUUUGGAAGAGACGACCCCGAUUUCACUUGGGAGACCGUGAAGCUGCUUAAGCCCGAAGCUUGAGGUAGCCAUGGCAUUUUCACAGGCGGUUAAAAUGGUAGCCAUCUUUUGGUUUUGUAUUUAGGGGGAAAAGAAAUAAAGGAGCUUCAGUGCGUGCAUCGAUUCAUGAAGACACAUUACCCAGCUUUGAUGAGAAAUUGAAGCAGAGACAAAUACUUGGCUUUCGCACAAUAGGAGCUUGUAGAAUUAGUUGGUUUUUGUUUUUACCCCUUUAAAGUUUCUUUGCUGUACCGAUCAUUUUUAUCCUCUUUUAAGCCAUUGAUUGUUGUGCAAACUUUGAGUGAUUCUAGUGAUACCAUUUAUAUGACUUUUCCAAAUUCCAAUUCA